GAAGGGCUAUAUUUGUAAAGAUUGAGUUUACUUCCUCACCAGCUCAGCGGGGCUGUUUGGAGAGAUCACAUAAUAAAACCAUUAUCGUCUAGACAGCUCCAGUGUAAUAAAGGAAACAGGGGAAGGGAAGGAAUUCCCUGAGAAGCCCUGUGGGUGAUGCAUACCAAGAGUGCAGAGAUCUGAGAAUGUUUUGGAGAAAACGGGUAAGAUGAGAGAAGAUCAUUAUCUAAAGUCCGGGGAGUUGGAGGUUAAAACCACAGAGCUUCUUAACCCACCCUGCCCUAGAGAGGAUCAGCACAGUCAGAGAGGGAGGAGUACUUAAUAAAGAUGGGACUUUCCUGUUCCCAGCCAAAUAUCCCUCCCAGCGCCAUGUGUCCGAAGCGACAGGAUCUGCAUCUCCAGUGUAAACAACACCCCUCCACUGACAUGCAAAAAGCAUGAAUCCCCCGGGAGCAGCUGGGAGCGGGUUGCCGGUCCCCCAGACUGCUGCAAUCUCUUAGAUGGAACAAGGGAAAGAGCCAUGUGUCCCCGAUCUGCAUGCCUCCAUAGACAGGGAGCUCCCAAGGGGUACCUAUCCGGUAUGACACAGCCCAAAGGCCUCAAUCAGGAUUAGAGCUGCAGUUGUGCUGGGGGAUGAAGACGGUCCCUGUUGCAGAGAGUUUCCAGUCCAAAAGUUCCUCAGCAGUGACAAAGAACAUGAAGAAUAAUGUGUAUUUAUUUAGUCCAUUCCAUCCUAGAGCUGUGAUAUUUGUCAGGGUGAUUUUAGUGAUAGGGCUUGUCUACAUGACAAUGGCACCACUAUAGUUGUGCUGCUAUAGUGCUUCAGUGUAGACACUACCUGUGCCAGUAUGAGAGGUUCUCCUGUGGGCAUAGGUAGUGCAUCUCUCCCUGAGAAACAGUGAAUCAAACUGUUGUAUUGCGGGCCACUUUAACAUUAAUCUGUGUUCUCCUGAGCUGCUGCAGUGCUUUAUGGAAGCUGUAGUUCAGGUGUCUCAUGCCGCCAUUCUCUUCUGUGGACCAGGCUCCCUGGCUGGACUUCAUCUCCCAUGAUGCACCACAGUCUCCCCUCUGGUAGAACCACUGGAGUGCAUCAUGACUGCACGUCAAUUUUCAUGAUGCAUUGCAGUCAUGAAAUGUGUAGGUCAGCCAGGAAUCCUGUCCCAUAGAGAAGCAUGGGUUAUGCUACAUGGGGGUGAACUACAACGCAUCUGAAGUACCACAGCAGCUCAAGUAGACACAGUUUAAUGUGGAAGCGAGCUGAAAGGAAACAUUUCCAUUUGGUUCAACAAACCAAACCAAAACAUGUUGAUUCAGAACUGUCAAAAUGUUUCAGUGAAAAAUAUAAAAAAGAAAUGUUUAGACAUUUUGGAACUGAAAUUUUUUGGAACUUUUUGUUCUGCAAAAAAUUUCAAUAUUUCUGCUUUUUGUUCCAGUUUGGGACAAAUAUCAAACAAAUAUCAAAAGAUCUUGAUUUCCUGUGGGGUGGAAUUUUUGUUUUUCUAUCAGACCUAAUCUCAGUAUUGUAGCCAGAAGUUAAAGCAGAGGCUCUCAACCAGGGGCAUGCAUACCCCUGGGGGUACGCAGAGGUCUUCCAGGGUGUACAUUAACUCAUCUGGAUAUUAACAGGCUACAUAAAAAGCACUAGCAAACUCAAUACAAACUAAAAUUUCAUACAGACAAUGACUUGUUUAUACAGCUCUAUACACUGAAAAGUAAGUACAAUAUUUACAUUCCAAUUUAUUUUAUAAUUAUGUGGUAAAAAUGAGAAAGUAAGCAAUUUUUCAGUAAUUGUGUGCUGUGACACUUUUGUAUUUUUAGGUCUGAUUUUGUAAGCAAGCAGUUUUUAAGUGAGGUGAAACGUAGGGAUACAGAAAACAAAUCAGACUCCUGAAAGUCUGGAAAGGUUGAGAGCCACUGUGUUAGAGCAACUGGAAAGCAGAUGCCAAUUAUGGUUUAACAUCAGUCCUGACAGUCUGCUAGCAUUCCCUCGCCUAACCAGUGUAUUGUAGCGGAAACUUUCCUGUUUGCAAGUGUUGUAUUGAGUUCUGAAGGUGAUAAGGGCCAUAGUAAUUACUUUCUUCUAUGGCAGUGAGUUCCAUAGUGCGGGGCCAGCUUCUGGGAAUGUUCUGGGGAAAGGUGUGACAGAGUGGGAUAUGUCUGUACCCAGUUGUGAGCUCCAUUUUGUGUUUCAACGUCCAUCUUGGAUUGUAACCUCCAUUGUGACCUUCACUUAAUAGUAGAACCUCCAAUUUGAAUUAGAACAUCCAUUUUGUGUUAGGGUUUGACACCUAGUUCAAUGACAGUGGCUUUGUCUACACUUAAAACUUAUGCUAGCAAAGCUGUCAGUCAGCGGUGUGAAAAUACCACACACCCUAGCUGACAUUGCUAGGCUGACAAAACUGCUAGUAUAAACAAAGCUGUGUUAUCAGAAGAGGGCUUCUGUCACUAUAGCUAACAUCGUUCAGGGAGAUGGUGUUCCUACACUGGCAGAAAAUCUCCUUCUGUCACCAUAUGCUGCAUCUACACUAGGGGCUGGCAUAGACUGUGUAAUGUAGACAUAAUCUAUGGCUGAGAAGCCACCAUAGAGCAAUCAUGGGCCAUCGACUUUAGCUGUCUCUCAACUACUGGCCCACUGCGAGGGGAUAGUGGACUCUCUACAGCAGCCUGACUCGGGGUAAGAGGCUGGAAUUUCCCAGUUGGAGCACAUGGGCAAAAAGAGUCAGAGGCUGUAUUUAAGAGGGGAGGGCUUCUCUGAGCAAGCGGACCAACCACCACCAUAUGUCAGAAGCCUCUUGGCUAGAGAGUGAGGACAAGGCAGGAGGGUCUGCCUAGCCUGAAACACUGACCAGACCCUGGACUUGUGGGGUGAGAUCAGAGUAAGAGAGUGAGGUGGAAGCAUUGCAGGACUGUUUGUUAUUUUGCAAAGAUCUAUAACUCUCCAGUGCUCUCUUAAGAGUAAAAGUGGCUGUGGUUAAGAAGUGCCUUGGCUAAACCUAUAAGGGGGUUAAUGGAGCAGCUCAGUGCCCACACCCAGAUAAGGCUCUGAGGGCACAUGUCAGGCUUGGGCGACACCUAAAAAUUAGGUUGACAAAGCAACAUCACUCAGGGCUGUGAGACAUGUUGUGCCCUAUGCAACAUAGCUAGGUCAACUUAAUCCCACUGUAGAAGCAGCUAGACAGAAGACUUAUUCGUCACUCAAGCCACUGCCUUUUGGAGAGGUGGAUUACCUACACUGACAGGAAAAGUCUUACAGUCAAUGUAGGAAGCAACUACACUGUGGCAGUACAGUGGCAAAGCUGCAGUGCUAUAGCUGUACCAUUCCAGUGCAGACACACUCGAAGCAGCUAAGGGCUUGGCCUGGUUUGGGGUUUAAGACAGCUGCCUGCAGAGCCCCAUAUCCCUUGGAAAGAUGGCAGACACGGCAGCUGGGACUGGUGAUUAGUCACUACCCAGACCCGGGGGUUUAGAAGCAUGUGGGAUCCAGCGGUUGGGUCCGUUCAUAACAGACUGGUGUCAGUCCAGAGAGAGGGAUUGGUCCAGGUUGUGAUAAAAAGCUCAGGUGAUUUUUUUUUCUCCUGUUUUAUGAUCUUAUCAAAGGGUCUAAUUCAGCACCCAUUCAUAUGAUUGGAAAGACUGCUUUUGAUUUUGAUGGGCUUAGGAUCAGGCUGUAAAGUUUUCGGAUUUGUGACAAACUCUUUGCGAUUCCCUUGGCUGAGGCACCCUUUCCCUCAGACACAGGGAUGAAUCAUGUCUCGAUUCUCUGUUUAUUCCAGCAGGUGAUGGGAUCAUGAGUGAAAACGAGGAGGAGAAUCCACAGCAGGAGGGUCUUCAGAUAGAGGAACCAAGUGUAGCAUUGUCAGAAAAAUCCAAAGGGAAAGAUUCCCAGAGCCCUGACUGGGAAGAUGACUAUGAGGAUGAGUGGGGGACAGAAAAUCAGGAGAGAAACCUUCCAGGAAAGAAAUGGGGUGAAUCUCCUCCCCGAGAGAGAGGUUUCAGGAAAUUCAAAGACAUCAUUGCCCAGCAGAGGCCUCACACUGGAGAGAAACCUCAUAAAUGUCCCGACUGUGGGAAGAGCUUUAGUCGGAGAUCAAACCUCAUUCAGCACCAGAGGACCCACACAGGCCAGAGACCUUACAAGUGCCCCGAAUGUGGGAAAACCUUCAGCCUGCGCUCGACGCUUACAAGACAUCAGCGAACUCAUCUGCAGGAGAAGCCCUAUAAAUGCACUGAGUGCGGGAAGAGCUUCCGCCAGAGCUCAGACCUGAUCACCCACCAGCGAGUGCACACAGGAGAGACACCUUACCGGUGUGCUGUGUGCGGGAAGAGCUUUGGGCGGAGCUCCAACCUGAGCCAACACCAGACCACGCACAUGGGGGACAGACCCUAUCAAUGUGUUGACUGCCUGAAGAGCUUCCGGAGCAGUUCCGCCCUGGUGCAGCACCAGAGGAGCCAUACGGGGGAGAAACCCUAUCAGUGCUCUGAAUGCAGGAGCUGCUUCCUGCAGAGCUCGGACCUGAUCAAACACCAGAGGAUCCACACUGGGGAGAGGCCCUACCAGUGCCCCGCCUGUGGGAAAUGCUUCAGCCAGAGCUCCUCACUCACUGAGCACCAGAGGACACACACCGGGGAGCGACCUUACCAUUGCACCGAGUGCGGGAAACGUUUUUGCCAGAGCUCCACACUCAUCCAGCACCAGAGGAUCCACACUGGGGAGAAGCCCUACAGAUGCACCGAGUGCGGGAAAAGCUUCUGCCGGAGCUCCAACCUGAAUCAGCAUCUGACAAUCCACAUGAUAAAGAAACCUCAUCGGUGCACUGACUGUGGGAGGGGCUUCAGUCAGCUCACUAACCUUACUGUACACCAGAGAAUCCACUCUGGACAGACACCCUAGGACGGUGAUUCUCAAACUUUUGUAUUGGUGACCCCUUUCAGCAAGUGUCUGAGUGCGACCCCCCCCCCCCUUAUAAAUUAAAAACAUGUUUUAAGUAUUUAACGCUAUUAUAAAUGCUGGAGGUGAAGCGGGGUUUGGGGGUGGAGGCUGACAGCUCAUGACCCCCCAUGUAAUAAUCUUGCGACCCCCUGAGUGGUUAUGACCCCCAGUUUGAGAAUUCCUGCCCUAGGAGCUAUGGGGACAGCUUCACGGACCUACCAGCACCAGAAAAUACACUCCACACAGAAAGCAUUGCUGGCUGUCUCCCUCCUGGAUAGUGGCCUACUCCAGGAGGUUCAAUUCAGGGAGGGAUUAGGGAUAUCUUCCUCCACCUUUAAGAGCUUUAUCAGCUGGAUAAUCUUGCAGAGAAGGAUCUGAUCUGUUCUGUUGCUUUUGCUCCAUGCACUGCAGAGUGAGACCGAUCAGGAUCAUGCCAGUUUCAUUCUGCUGCUGGGGUACCCUUUGUUAUACAGUUGGGUUCUGCAGAGAGGGCUAGGUGGAAGAAAAUGACAGGGAGGGUCAGAGACACACAGAAGCAAGUGGGAAGGUAAUGUUGCUCAGGGCUGUUUCCAGAGACUAACUUUAUCCUUGACGCAGCUCUCAUGUAAUAUAUAAUAUACCUUCUAGGGCAGAUGUUGAUAGAUACAUGCAGGCAGGGUAUAUUGGCUCCACAUGUGCAGAACUACUACAAAACAGUGUCUUACUGUAGCUUUCUCACAUGCUAUGGAGUGGACAUUGACACACCAAGACGGCCACAGCCUGGGUUGGGAGAACACAGUGUCUCGUGCCUGGAUCCCUUGGGGAGAAGACUAUGCCCUGGUCUAUACUAGGAGUUGAGGUCGAAUUUAGCAGCGUUAAAUCGAUUUAACCCUGCACCCGUCCACACGAUGAAGCCCUUUUUUUCGACUGAAAGGGCUCUUAAAAUCAAGUUCCUUACUCCACCCCCGACAAGGGGAUUAGUGCUGAAAUCGGCCUUGCUGGGUCAAGUUUGGGGUAUUGUGGAUGCAAUUAGAUGGUAUUGGCCUCCGGGAGCUAUCCCAGAGUGCUCCAUUGUGACCGCUCUGGACAGCACUCUCAACUCAGAUGCACUGGCCAGGUAGACAAGAAAAGGCCCGCGAACUUUUGAAUUUCAGUUUCCGUUUGGCCAGCAUGACAAGCUGCAGGUGAGUGCAGAGCUCAUCAGCAGAGGUGAUCAUGCAGAGUUCAUCAGCAGAGGUAACCAUGAUGGAGUCCCAGGAUCGCAAAAGAGCUCCAACAUGGACCGAAUGGGAGCUACAGGAUCUGAUUGUUGUAUGGGGAGCGGAAUCCGUGCUAUCAGAACUCUGUUCCAGUUUUUGAAAUGCCAAAA